UACACACACACACACACACACACACAACUACAGGGGAGCACAUUGUUCACAGUGUACUGUCUGCAAUAUCUAUUCCAGUCCAGAAAAAUCUCGAAAUAAACUAUAUCGGCUGGAGAGUUUUCGGGGUUUCAAAGGUGUGGAGAGAGGUUGCAGAGGAGUGAAGGAAUGACUGAAUAUAAACUGGUGGUGGUGGGAGCUGGAGGCGUGGGCAAGAGCGCUCUCACCAUCCAACUCAUCCAGAAUCACUUUGUGGAUGAAUAUGACCCCACUAUAGAGGACUCAUACAGGAAGCAGGUGGUGAUUGACGGGGAGACAUGUCUACUGGACAUCUUGGACACUGCAGGUCAGGAGGAGUACAGCGCCAUGAGGGACCAGUACAUGAGGACAGGGGAGGGCUUCCUCUGUGUCUUUGCCAUCAAUAACACCAAGUCCUUUGAGGACAUCCAUCAAUACAGGGAACAAAUCAAACGAGUGAAGGAUUCAGAUGACGUGCCCAUGGUGCUUGUUGGUAACAAAUGUGACCUGCCAGCACGGACAGUGGACACACGGCAAGCACAGGAGCUCGCCCGAAGCUACGGCAUCCCCUUCAUUGAGACCUCCGCCAAAACCAGACAAGGUGUGGAGGAUGCGUUUUAUACCCUUGUACGAGAGAUCCGUCAACACAAAAUGAGGAAGUUGAACCCUCCAGACGAGAGCGGACAGGACUGCAUGAGCUGCCGUUGUGUUGUGUCGUGAUCAAGCUGACUUGCAUGAGUUGGGAGAAUGUGACCCACGGUUCCUUACGGCACACUGGACCAGAUUGGAAAGACUACCAUGUCAUCUGAAAGCGACUGUUAACGAAAAGCAGGCAAAGCCAAACAUUUGAAACUGGAAGGAGCCUUGAUUUGACCACCCGGGUGACCUCUCUGGAUGUUCACGUCUGUCUGAUAAACACCACUAAUGACUUACUCGUUUAUGUUCUUUAUUUGUUACCCCAGUGUGCUAAUACUGGGUGGCUCUGUGGAUUUCUGCUAAAUUAUUAUUCUUGAAGUCUCAACACUGGUCUUUAAUGGACUUGGUGUCUCUCAUGACCUCAGUGUCAUACAACAAACCUUCCUCAGCUCAGAUUGCAAGGACUGGACACUAGUGACCUCAUCCCAUGUCCCCUGACCCCCCUCAGUCGCACCUCACGGAAAGCAUAUCCGGUUGGGCAGAAACUAUGUAUAUUAUUCUGGAGGAAGUCUCUCCUUUUUUAAGAGUUAGAGAUAUUGGUUUCAUUUCACAUUCAGGUUAUUUAACAACGUUUGUAUAUAAGUGCUUUGUUGAAAUCAAAACGGGAGCAUUAUUUAUGUGUGAUGGUUCAUGUGUAUGUUACAAAAAUACUUUACUAAAUUAAAAAGGCUGAAUGGAUUUUCAGUAAUAAAACUGUU